GUUGUUGGUUGAUGGUGAUAUUUGGAUAUUUGCAAGUAAAUGAAAGUAAAUAAGUCAGUAUGAUCAGUGGAUGUUGCUGUGUGCUGCUGCUUGCACUUGUCGCUGCAGUUUUAGGCGUGGGUGUAAAAAAGAAAGUGGGCAGUGAAGUUCGUUUUAAACCUGACAUCACUGCAGGAUCAUCUCUUAAAGACAGCAGCAUCACAUGGAAAUAUACGAAAGGUUUUGAUGUGAUGAAGGUAAUUGAAUGGGACAAUGAUUUUAAGACUUUAGAAAGUCUGAUGCCUAAAUUCAAGACUCGUGUAGCUCUCGAUAGGACCACUGGAGAACUCACUAUAAGAGAUUUACAGCUGGAGCAUACGGGAAGUUACUCCAUUGAGAUCAACAAUAAAGAGGAGAAAAGAAUCAGCUUGACUGUUAUGGAGAGCAUCCCCAAACCCAAACUGAAUCAAGAGAUCUCAAGCAAUCCUGUUGAUGUUAUGUAUUUGACAUGUGAGUAUAAUUCAAUGAUCCGCUGGAAUUGUUCUAAUGGUGAAAAACCACAAAUCACAAACCUAGAGAAGCCAAGACAAGGACAGUCUUUAACAUUCAAAAAAAGUGGAAACCCAGACGUCUGCUGCACCUGUACACUCUUCAAUGAUGUGAGUGAGGAAACCAGCGAUCCACUCUGUGAGAAACAUCUGUUUACUGGUUUAAGCACCGAAUCUAUCAUUGGAGUUUUAAUUCCUUUGAUCAGUGUUACUGUUAUUCUCCUUUACCUGUUUAUCGGCCAUACACCUUUCUAUGGCCGUUGUGUUGCUUGCUGUGAGAGACGCAAGAUUUAAAAAAUGAAAGUCUUUUAUACAUGAAUAAUGAUAUCGUCAUCAAAUGCACUGCUAGCAGAUCUUGCAUGCUCUAAAUCAGCUUUACUAUUGCGACUGGACAUCAUAACCUCAACAUCUGUGUCUUGACAACAUUGAACCAUUUUUCCAUGAUUGUGAAUUGAUAAACCUGAUAACUUUUUUCUUUUAAAGUCGAGAGAAGAUGAUCUUGGGGAACCAACCUGAUGGUUCUUCAAGUGCUUGUAUUGCUUUGAGCUCAUAAAUAAAAAAAUUGUAACAGCUACUAUUUAAUUACAGCAUUUUUUAAUUACACAAAGGUUUUCUUUUUGCCAAGAUUGGAUGUGAAGGAUUUGUUGUGUGUCCUGAAAAGUUGGAUGCAAGAUCGAUCCAGGAAAAUUGGAUCUGUUUGAAAAGUAAACCUAGAAAAUAUUCCUCAAGACUUCAUAUACAAGUGACAGGAGUAAGAAACAAACAAUAAAUAAAUGUUGUGA